AUAUCCGUACUGGGGAGUGUAUCUCGGUCAAACAACAAAAACAUGUCAGAGUGUGACAGAGUGAACCGUUAGCAACGUUCAGUUAUCUGCCGUCUCUGCUGCGGGGCGUCUAUCCGACUGACUGCUAUAUGGUUCCCGUCGUGUUCACGACCGAUAACCCCGAGAGAUGCAGCAUAAAGCACUGGGAUCCAUUGUAGGUCUUCUUUGUACCGGGACCUGUCUGGUGCAGGGAAAGGAGUUCUGUUCGGGGGUAAAUAAUGAACAGUACCGCUGUGAGAUGGGCUACUGCUGUGGAGAAACAGAGUGCUGCACUUACUACUACGAACUAUGGUGGUUCUGGUUGGUAUGGACACUUAUCAUAAUGCUCAGUUGUUGCUGUGCCUAUCGACACCGGAGAGUUAAAAUGCGUCUGCAACAGGAACAGCGACAACGUGAGAUCAGCCUAAUGGCCUAUCAAGGUGCUUCAACCUCCUUCAUAACCCCUCCGCCUCUCAGUUUAAGGUUUUGGAAUGACUGCAAGCUUCCCGACUAUGAAGAGGUUGUAGGGCACCCCCCAACCCCGCCCCCGCCGUACUCUGAAAACCCCCCUGAGUCGACUCCAGCGAUCCCUCCACAAAUAACCCAGCCAGUUUCUGUCUCUCUGCCACAAAUGCUGCCCGACGCAGAGCCAGCAGCGGACUGUCAGGCAUCAAGCGUCUCGUCAGACGAGGGGGCAAUGUCACAACCUGUCCAAUCACUGUGUCGGGAAGAGGAGGAUGUGGAUGUUCUGCUUCUGGGGGCUGCGGCAGACGAGGAAGAUGAGGAGCUUGUAACUCGACGCCGGCAUGUAACUGGCGACUCAGGGAUCGAGGUUUGCGUUUGCCAGCUGGACGUCGACGAGGGCUCGGGGCUCGAGGAAGAAAGCGACGAGGAGAACCGGAUGUGCAGAAGCAACGGCGGGGAGUGCUGCUCUGGACGUCCUCAGGAGACCUUCAGACAGAAGGAGUGCACCCCGGAGCUGCCCAGCCAGGCCCCCAACACCAGCACUGGAGACCACCUGGUGUGAUCCACAGCAUAAAUAACCAGCAAACCGAUGCAGCUUCCAGCUUCACGCAGGGUGAUAACGUUUGCCAUUAUCAUUGGCACGGGGAAUGUUUAAGCUUUAUUCCCCUGGACUGACAUUAACAAAACGAUGAUGAUGACUAAUCAGUUUGGGUUCUGGUUUAGGACAGAUUUAGUAAGAAUGUGAGGAACAUCUAGCUCUUUUUUCACUACUUUUCACAGUGGGGAAUCCAACAAACAUUUUUGCUGCUUUGUUGGGUAUAUUUUUACCUUCCAUCCAGAGUGAAAACAUCACAGAAUAUGAAGAGAAAGAAAGCGGUUGCUUUGGACUGAAAGUAGAAGAGGCAGUUUCACCCUUCCCUCUCAUACAGCGCUGCUUUGCGGUUUUUGUUUCUGUCCCACAUCCUCGUAGAUCAGAACAUUUCUGCCCUAUCCUCCCAACUGAGAUAUAACCUCUGGAUUGACGGCUGUCCAGAACACGGUAAACAACAUCUCUCGGGCAGCCGUCGUGACUGAAAUGAGGGAAGAACAAACGUCUUUAACAGUCAUUUUGAAAUUAGAACCAGAUCUUUUUUCUUUUUCUUUGUUUUUCCCAAAGCUUAAUGCGUUUAAGUACUGAGGGCUCGCUGUGAAAUCUAGGCCACAGCUGCGCAGUGAUGUCAUCUCUAAGGUCAUGGACGCCAUUGGUUGGGAGGGGGGGCUGAACACUUGAGCAGAGAAGACAUCCCUCUUGUGUUUUAAAUGUCAUCCUGAUCUCUUCUUUUGUUUGAAUUUCAUGUUGUCACCAGAGCUUGGUGGUUUCUAAUUAGACGGGUGAAGAGGAUCCUUAGCAUUUACUAACAUGGGGAAGUUCUUUUCCAAUAAAAACCUUGCGGGGAGCUUUAUGUUACCAUUCAAUUUAACUUGUUAUCUUGGAGGGAAUUGUAUCAUCCAGUAUAGGGAUGUUUUUGGUCAUUGUUGAAGGAUGUAGUAGCUCUUUGCUUUCCCAUCACAUAACCAGCUCUGCUUCAGUAAAAGCUACAGGUGUCGGACAUUCAUUCAGGCAAACCUCCUCGCUGUGGCAGUGGGUGUGUGGGGCACUAAAUAAAUGGAUGCUUUUGAGAUCAUUGAAGUGGACUAACAAUUAAAAGCACUGAUUUUGUUCCUUUUUUCUAUUUUUAUGCACGAGGCGUGUCUUGGUGUUUCAUAUUUGAGUGAUUUCACAUUUUCCGUCAUUUUCAAUACUUUCUUCGGUCAUCAUUUAUUGGUGAUCUCUGCCUGAAGCGGUGAAUAAAAUUAAAUUACACUUUUUUUCGGUAAAUAAAAAAAAAUGGGUUGAUUCAUCUUUGGAUGUCUUGAUGUAGUUUUUAUUGAUAACUGGUAACUAGGCAGCUGGUGCCGUUGUGGGUGUGUGUUUUUUCGAUAGCUGUUGUCGGUGUGAGGGAUUUGUGGUGGCAUUUUUCCACUGGCAGUAUAGGGCCAGUAGAUUAGCAAGUCGAGAUGGUUGCAUCCUCUGCUCGGCAGUUGAUUUAGUUUUGGCUCGCCCACAGAAAUGCUUGCAAUGAACUGCAUGUUCCACACCAAUGCAUGUGGCUUGUUUCCUAAACUGUUGUUUGCAUGCUUAGAAAAUGAACUAACCAGUGAGAGAUGGGUAGGCAGCAGGAGAGUGAGGCUCCUGCACAGAAAACUAAAGCUUGUUAAGAAUGAUCAAGCUUUUUCUGCUGCAAUUGUAUGAAGACUGCAGUCCUGACUACAUAAGCACAUGCACACACUGGCUUCUUGGUAAUAUCAGCCUCUGAAAUAUUCCAUGUAGGCAUGGCCCAGCAUGUACAAAAAACCUGUUAGAAUUCCUGUUUAAAUGCUAUUUUAAUUUGGAUUCCUAUUAAGAACCAAUAAGUAAUAAAUGUCACAGGGGAAAAAGAGGUGUGCAGCAGCAGGCUGGGAACAGUAGCACUGUAUUACACUGAGCCUCAAGAAGCUGCUGAAAACUUCCAUCAAAUCUCCUUCAAGUAUCUUGAUGCCUGUAAUUUGUUCAUGCCUACUGGUGUAUUUUAAAAUGGGGUUAUUGCCUGAAUCAGAUGACAGCAGUCCGACUUUGUGCAAGAAGUAUACAGGCAUGGGGGAAUGCAUACCAACAGUUCAGUCCUGUCUAAACAGGAAGGCCUGCUCCACACCAGAACCUGUAUAUUCGUACUUAAAGUGCACAUUAUAGUGAAAUGUCUGGGCUUGUGCAGAUCAAAAUGAAAGUGUUUCCUCUCCCACCAGCCUGCAGCAGCUUUCUUCAGGCUGUGGUUCAGUUUGAACACUGCUGUGGCUAGAGAAUGUAGCGACACACAGCGACUGCACAGAACGUGUCGGGACAGAACGAUCCACGUUUACACAGGAGAUCAAAACUUUACCCGUCAAGGUGCGAUUGUGAUGCAUCACUCAGCAGGUGCUUGAACACGAAGCCAUUCUAACACGACGGUGACCUUUUCAGAGGUGCGGUGUCAAUGUAAGCAUGGCUGCAGACCUUUAGGCAAAUUAGAUAACGUUUGUUUGUUUUUGUUGUUUUCUUUUGGUGUUUUUUUUACAGCAAACCUUAAACAUCCUUGUUGCAUUUCUAUAGGGCAGAUGUCUUGAUUUGAGUUCCAAAAUAAUAUAUAACAUCUGUGUGUGAAAACAAGUGUAAUACUGCCUUAUUAGAGUAGAUAUAAAGUGUUUUUUUUUUUUUUCACAAGUUGUAAUAUUUGUGAAAGCAUGGUUGUCUUAGAGAGCAGAGGAGCACUGUUGUGUCAGUAGAAGGUAGUGUUUAAUCUCAUCCUUGAAAUAUUGGCUGGCUCUCUGCAUAGAGGAUGUGGUAUAUAAACAUUGAAAAACCACUGAGAUGAGGUGGUUUUGUUGCUGAGAAGUGGUUGUUGAGUUAAAGAUACUCUUAUCUAGUUAGCUGUGGCACUGAUGAAAUGUGUUCAGACCAGAUUUUUCAGUUUAUGCUCUUGUUUUUGUUCGUUUCUGUGUGUGUAUGUAUUUGAAAGCAGUUGGUUUGUUCUAUCAGACUCAGAAGCAUGAUAAAAAUCAAGGUUGCGCUGUUACUGUUAGUAUGUGGGUGGGAGGGGAUCGUUGCUCUCAGUGCCUUGAAAAAUAUUCACGCCCCUUUGAAAGUUUUCCACAUUCUGUUUUUGAACAACCACAAAUUUCGUUGUAUUUUAUAAAUUGGGGUUUAAUGUAAGAGACCAACACAAAAUAGUGCUUUUUUAAAAAAGAUUUACACUAAUAAUGUUGAUAAUGUUGCUGCUUUUACACCAGCAGUUCCUGAGGUGUAGGUUUCUAAACCAAUUUGCACAUCUAGAGAAUAUACGUUUGCAAAAAACAGCCAUGCACUGUCAGAUUGGAUGGAAUCCAUUUGUUAACAUAAAAUUUCCAAGCUUUUUGUUUUUGGGUCUUGUUUUUCCUUAUAAACUGGGCCACAUCGAAUAUGUGUAUAUAUAAACCAUUCCAUUAAAGCUCCUGCUUUUGGUUUAGUGUUUUCUGCUAGACUGUUUUUCUUUCUCCAGCCUCAAAGAGGUGUUCUUUUGACCUGUGAGGGUUUUCUUCUUGACACUUUUCAACAUACAGUCAGGAACCCCAAUCAAACAUCUGAGCCCUAACAAAGCAGCUGUAUGUAUAGUGAAAUACUCUGUCGAGUAAUUAUGUGACUAAAGAAAGUGACUGGUUGCACUUGGGGUGUUAGAAUAUAGAGAUGUGAUGCAGUUUUGUAAACAAAACAAUCUUUGAAGACCCCUUCUUUCCACGUCAGCAAUGCGCUGCUUUGUGUUGGUCUACGCCACAGUCUAUAUAAAUACCUCAAAGUUUAUGGUUAAAAUGUGACAAAAUUUGGAAAGUUUCCAAAGAUAUGGAUACAAGGCAUGGUGCGUAUGUACAUAUUUAAUAAGAGCAGGGGAGGGCAGUGAGAAAUGAGGUUAGGUUAGGGGUUCUUUUAUAUCUCCUUUCUUGGUUUUCAUAUAUUUCCUGAGACUAAGGGCUAAAUAUUGGUAACGCGUUGUCUGCAGACAUCCAUGUUCUUCACUGAAGGAUUGUGUUCUUCUCUUUUGAAACCACCAUCACAGUGAUCCACUAUCUGAAACGUAGAGACGUGUAAAGUGAACUUUGGGUGUUCCCUGAUGCGGUAGAGCUCAUAUUUAUAUAUUAGCUGAUUGUGUAUUAACAUGUUUGUUCUGCUUUAGGCUUUAUCCUUGCCUUGUUGUCAGAGGUGCGUGAUGAUGACCUCAUACCACAUGUAUGCUCAGUGAAAACAUACAUUACUGUCUGCUUGUGUGGAUGUGUCCUUCAUAAGAAACAGGCCACAUCCAUCCAUAUAGAUCUGCUAAAGCCCUUCUACAUUUCCACACUUUAAACGCUCCAAGCUAGAAGUUGUUUUUUUGUUCACUCUCAGGGUUAUAAUUGAGGAAAAUAGGAGCUAGAGUAGAUUUCUAACCCUCCGUCUCUUAAAAAGCCAAAGGAAACGCUUCAAGAUCGUCCCGUUCAAUAUCCCCUCCCCUACAUCACGCAUCUCUGUAAACUUUACUCAACUAGGCUAUGCAAACAUAAACUUACUGUUAUAUGCUGCGACUCCCUUUCUGUCAGUUGUCUGUGGGCACCAGUACAAGCAAUAUUAACUGUCAGUACUGAUGGCACUUCGCUGUACUGUAAUCAAUGAAUUUGUAUGUAUUUCUUUGGAAAAAGAGUUUAAAAAUAUGUACUUGUAAUGCUACUUUAAUGACAUAACUCUGUAUGCUUGUGUCUGCUGAGGGGCUUGAGUUCAACUGUUUUAGCUCACAUGCCUCCUUUUGUUUUUGCUGUUUGUUAUAUCUGUCGCCCUAAAUCAACAGUACUUUCCACUCCUGACUCAUGGACGAUGAACCACAUGUUGAAGCUGUGCACUCAGAGAAACGUUGAUUAUUUUUUCUUGCUGCUCACAUUUUUAAAUGCGGCUUUCUUCUCGUUUUCAACCCUUGUGGAAUUUCAGAGAAUAUUUAACCGUUGCCUUUAAUCCUCUUAAUACAGCACCAUGAGUUUUAUAUAAUAUACACAUGAAAGACCUCAACGUGGAACACAGUUGGGUUACAGUAAACCAGCACAUUUUAGGCUGAAUUCCUCGACAUUUAACCUAAAGAAUUAUUUUUUUUUUGGCAUCUGUAAUCUGUAUAUUUUAAUUUUCUUCCCAUAUAUCAUACACAAUGUUUGUUUUUUGCCAAAAAUGAGAAACGUGUAAAUCUGAAAGGGAAGCAGCCAUUUACAGAAACUCAACUCUUUCUACUUUUGUUAUUCUGGUACAUUUAAAGAAGCCAAAUUGAGUAAAGUGAAAUACAAGAAAGAAAAAAAACAGCACUGACUAACGAAUGAAAAUGCUUCGGUUUUGGUAACAAGUCUACUGCGUACUGUCCGGGUCAUCGUUUGUAUUUUAUUUUUGUAAUAAAACAAACAUUGGCGCUCUG